GCUGAUGAAGGUACCACGUCUCUUUGACCUCAUCUGAACGGGACUUUAAGAGCGGAGCAGCCUGACAGAUAUGGCUGCUGCAAACUAUCUGCCAUCUGAAGAUCAGUUUCUGUGCUCCAUCUGUCUGGAUGUGUUCACUGAUCCUGUCACCACACCAUGUGGUCACAAAUUCUGCAAGAACUGCAUCACUGAACACUGGAAUACUAAUGACCAGUACCUGUGUCCAAUGUGUGAAAAGGUUUUCAACACAAGACCUGAGCUGCACGUCAACACUUUCAUCUCUGAGAUGGUUGCUCAGUUCAGACAGUCAGCUCAACAGAAAGCCAGCAGCAGCAGCUCAGAGCAACAAGUGUCCAAACCAGGAGAAGUUCCCUGUGACGUCUGCACUGGAACCAAACUGAAGGCCCUGAAGUCCUGCGUGGUGUGUCUGGCCUCCUACUGUGAGACUCACCUGGAGCCUCAUCUGACAGCUUCACGUCUGAAAAGACAUCAGCUGAUCGACCCUGUGGAGAACCUGGAAGGCAGGAUGUGUACGGAGCACGAUAAACCUCUGGAGCUGUUCUGUAAGACCGACCAGACAUGUGUCUGCAUGCUCUGCUCUGUUUUAGAUCACAGGAAGCAUGAUGUUGUUCCUCUGAAAGAAGGAUAUGAAAGAAAGAAGGUCAAGCUGGGGAAGACAGAGGCUGAAAUUCAGCAGAUGAUCCAGAAGAGACGACUGAAGAUUCAGGAGAUCAAACACUCAGUCAACCUCAGUGAGGAAGAUGCAGACAGAGAGAUAGCAGAAGGUGUUCAGGUCUUCACUUCUCUGAAGGAGUCUGUUGAGAGAGGCCUGAAUGAGCUCAUCAACACGAUCAAAGAGAAGCAGAAAACAACAGAAAAAAAGGCCGAAGCUUUCAUCAAAGAGCUGGAACAGGAAAUCUCUGAGCUGAUGAAGAGAAGCACUGAGGUGGAGCAGGUGUUACGCUCUGAAGACCACCUCCAUCUUCUCCAGAGUGUCCAGUCCCUAAACAUCCAACAACCUCCACCCACCAAGGACUGGACAGAGGUCAGCGUUCAUACCUCAUAUGAGGGGACUGUGGUGAAAGCUGUUGCUAAGCUGGAGGAGACACUCAGUAAAGAGAAGAAGAAGCUGCUUGAAGCCGAGCUGAAGAGGGUCCAGCAGUAUGCAGUGGGUGUGACUCUUGAUCCUGAUACAGCACAUCCUGGUCUCAUCCUGUCUGAUGAUAAGAAACAAGUGAACCUUGGUGAUGUAGAGAAGAAUCUCCCAGACAACCCAGAGAGAUUUUCUAAUGCUGUUAGUGUUUUAGGAAAACAGAGUUUCUCUUCAGGCAGAUUUUACUUUGAGGUUCAAGUUAAAGGAAAGACUAAAUGGACUUUAGGAGUGGCCAGAGAGUGGAUCAACAGGAAGGGACUAAUCACACUGAGCCCUGAGGAUGGUUACUGGACUAUAGUGUUGAGAAAUAGAAAUGACUACACAGCUAAUGAUGACCCUUCAGUCCUUCUCUCUCUGAAGUCUCCUCCUCAGAAGGUGGGGGUGUUUGUGGAUUAUGAGGAGGGUCUGGUCUCCUUUUAUGACGUAGAUGCUGCAGCUCUUAUCUACUCCUUUACUGGCUGCUACUUCACUGAGAAACUCUUCCCAUACUUUGGUCCCUGUGAUAAUGAUGGUGGGGAAAACUCUGCCCCUCUGAUCAUCUCUCCUGUCAGAGUAAACUAAUCACUGAUUUUAUUUCAGGUAUUGAUUUAUUUUUAAUCAAAGGAACAAAUGUACAUACUCAUAUAUUUUACAUCUUAUUUUCUA